GGGGCGGGGAGCAGCAAAAGUGGGGGAGCUCCAGCAGAGGCAUCAUCCGCAGCAGUAGGCAGUGCCGCUUUUCUGGGAAACAGGAACGAGAGCUUGGCAGACAUUCCAGUCAAGCCAAAGCCGCGAAAAUACUUUGACGCGAAGACCUUCAGGCAGCUCCUCAAGCGCUACAAAGAGCACAGAAACCGAGAAGAGGAGGAACUGUUGAAGCAGCACUAUGCCAGGCCCCCUCCAGGUAAAGACUCCCCGUUCAGCCCUCAGACGCGCUCACGGCACGCCACCCAGUCUUUGCAUCUUCUAAGGGCAGGAAGAACCAGCCAACCGGCUUCGUGUUUUUCUCGCCCCUUCAUGCAUAGCCAAGCAGACAAGCUAGCAUCCACCGGCCCCCUCCCCCUGGUGCAUAACAACCUUUCGUCCCAGCCUGAUCCCCAGGUGUUUGUGCCGCUGUUCGCUGCGUGCGGACUGGCUUCAGAAGGAUGGGGUGUUGAAGACUUCCUCCGGCGCAUUGGCAUCACGGAGCAUGCAGAAACCAUUAGAGGGCACUUCAACAACAACUGGAACCAGUUUAUAUGCGCAAAGCCUCGGGUUAGGCGUGUUCGCUGCUUUUCUACCGCACGUUUUCUAUGUAGAGCCAUACGUGACUGCCCGUGUGCUGCUGCUGCUUGUAAGCUGUCGACGACGUUGAUGGAAAUCGAAAGCCUCACCAACGCCCAGCGGCGUCUCAUACUAAGGCAUAUUCGCUUAUUUAACCAUGGACUGUGGCCUGAAAACUCUUAUAGCGACUACAUAGAACGCUUCCAGGCACCACCGCUUAAAAGAGAGGGAAUGCCAUGGACGGACGAAGAGGAUCAACGGCUCAUUGAGCUCGCAAACAAAUAUGACCCCAACUUUGGCGAUCCUUGGCUCUAUUUGAGUUGGGAGAUGCAAAGAGAAACUGAAGAAGUUCACAAGCGAUACCUCUCUAUGGUCGUCAUUCCCCAGAACAAAGGCCGCCGGAGCGAAAUGCUGUUGUCCAAGUGUCUGCGACCACUCUUCUUUUCCCGGCACUUCAAGCUGCUUCCUCCAUUGUUGUUCAUUGUGCCUUCGCCCUCGAACUUCAACACGAAGCCAGCGAAGGCUUUCUCUGUCCCCCGACCGUUCGCCUCUCUGUAA